UCGGUGAUGGAGGGAAGCUGUGUUGGCUGCUUUCAGUAGUUUUUAUUUUAUGACCGAAUAAAUUGUAUUGUUAGGAAAAAACGUGAUGAGUGCAACAGGAGGUGAUUAAGUUCAGCUCGUGUGUAAAUUAUAUAAUCGCGGGUUAUACUGUGUGUGGCGUGAUAAUCUAUAAUUAGUUUUUUCAUGUCUCCAGUGAAAUUGUUGGUGUUAUGAUCGAUAGUUGAUUUCGAGUGAUAAUAUGGGGCAAAGUCCGAGUUCCGUGAGGAGUAAGAGCGGCCGGCAGAGGUCGUUCAGGGGGUUCGUGAGGAAGAAUAAGUUGAACAAGUCUAGUUUGAGUCAUACGUUUAGUUUGCCGCCGUCUGAGGAGUACCCUGAGUUGAUGAACGUGAACACGGCGACGGAGGAGCAGUUGAUGACGUUGCCAGGGGUGAACAGGCAGCUGGCGCGGGAGAUCGUCCGCCACCGGCAGAUGAUCGGCCGCUUCAAGCGAGUUGACGACCUCGCGCUCGUCUCGGGUAUUGGAGCUGAAAAACUGGAGUUGUUAAGACCAGAGAUAUGCACGAACACUCGGAGACAGCUAUCCAGGGCUAGCUCCUGCACCCAUUCCUUGGACAGUGUCCGUCUCAACAACGAAAGCAAACUCUGCUCCGUCAACUCCUCCAGUGUGUUCCAACUGCAGUGCGUACCUGGCCUCAAUCAAGAGCUAGCAGCCAAUAUCGUCGACUACCGCAACAAAAAAGGCCCAUUCAAAUCCUUAGACGAUUUAAUAAAAGUCCGAGGAAUGGACAUUGUGAGGUUGAGCACAGUGAAGCAACACUUGAGUCUGGAACCACGUAAAUGCGAAAGUGCACAACAGUUAAAUGGCUACGCUAAUGGAUGGAGAGAUCCGUCAAUAAACGAAUCUCUAUCUUAUGGGGCUACAAGCACCCCGAAGACACCCCAUAGAAAGAGUUUAUCAAUGCCAACAAAGUUUUUAGUGACGUUACCAAACGGGUUUGCUGCGGCCCCUGUGAAUGAUAUAUUAGAUUUACUCUCAGCGUAUUCUCAUAGGCCUGUGGUCGAAGAAGUGUUCACGUAUGAGAGGGACGGAGUGAAGUGUUGCCGUCUCGCUUCAUGGAACCUGCACCAGCUGAGCAUAGAUAAAAUUACUAAUCCAGGAGUCAGGGAAGUGGUGUGUAGGACUAUUUUGGAAAACAAACUAUCGAUAAUAGCCAUACAAGACGUGUUAGAGGAGGCGGCCUUAAAGAUGAUAUGCGAUGAACUGAACUCUCCAGUAUUACGGCGCGUGCGCGAGUGGCGAAGCAAUAGUGCGCACUGGCAGUACUGCUUAUCUGAAAGGCUAGACAACCAAUACUUAGGGUUCAUAUUCGAAGCAACGAACAAGGGCAUCACGAUAGAAGACCUGGACCUGGACCAGGUGUCUCUACUGACCGAAGCGAGCGGCGUCCAGCGACUAGUCGACGAAUUACUAGCGCUGAGAGGCGAGCGGUACAUUGCGGAGUCACGGGCAUUCCUGAUCUGCGGACGGCCGACCAUCCUGGUGAACGUAUUCUGCGAAGGCAGCCUCAGCGAGGCGGAGUGCGAACGACUCUCCAGGGUAGCCGAGCUGGCUGCUGCCGUCAGCAUCCAGCUGGUGUUCCUGGGGGAGUUCCGGGACUGGGACAAUGUACUCGCAUUACGAACGUGCCAACCGCUGCUCGACGAACAAAUCUCUACAACAGUCGACGCUCAAUACACAGGUUUGACGACGAUCCUUCACCCAGGGGUAGUAGAAAAGAGCCAUUUCAACGGCCACGCGGGGGUUGUCAAAUCGGGGCUUAGUCAUCUCGCCAUACCCCGGGGUUGGUCGUGGGGCGGCCCUGCCUCCCCCUUCUGCCCCGUCUGGGCAGAAAUCAAAGUCCCCGAUUGACAUAAAAACAAAUCCAAACACGGCCACAAUGAAAACCUUGCAUACUAUCUCCCCUCAGCUCUACUAGCAAUACAAUGCUUUCUAAUAGUGUUGCUACACAUAUUCUACUUCAAUUGAGAUUACGCCGCCAUUUGCAAAUGUCAAAGAUGGCGCCAAAUAUUUUUCAUGUAAUUUCUAUGAUAUUUCCCAAUGAUAUUUCAGCCUUAACCGUAAUUAUGAACGUAUGCCAAAAUAAAUUUUAUUACUUUAUUUAAUUAAAUGUUUUGCUACUAUAUUAAAUACUAAUGAAAUACAGAAAAAUAUUAUUGCUAGUGAACUUGUUGAACUUACGGUCAUGUACUGAUAUUUUUUGGAACAUCGUGAAUUUACAUCUACCAAAUAAUGUAUUUAAUAAUGGAGAGUUAUAAUAGAAAUAUUCUUAGGUCGUAACAUUUUAUUAAAUAUUUUGUUUAUUUAUUUUAAUAACAUAGUGGUAUGGUGUUUACUUCCAAUGGUGGGCAUUUAGUGUAUUAUUAUUUUACUGUAAAUACUGUACGUUAUCAAUUUUGUGUUUAUUUAUUAUUGUAAUAAGAGUAGCAACUUUUAAUAUUUUUAUGUUUAAACAGGCCAUUAUGACACUUUGGUUUGAAGAUGAAAUUUAUUUUCUGUCCGAAGUCAGUCAUAUUCUGGUCACCCUAGUUCAAAUAAUUAUUGGCUGUCAAUUUUGCUGUUUUACUUAAAUUUGACAAUUCUAUUUAUCGGUAGUGAAACUUUUUUGCGUCCUUAAUCCAAAUUGUAUGAGAAUAUUGUAAAUAUUUGUAUGUAUUGAUAAGAUAAGGCAUUAUGGAGCUUUGACCAAAAAUGUGCUUUUUCGAUAAUAGGACAGUAUUUUAUUUAUUUAAUUACACGUUCAAUUCGUUGUUUCAAGAAAUAAUGUAUAUCUAAAUGAAAUCAUUUCUUUAUGUAUGAAAUUUUAUGUGUUUUAAAACAACUGUAUGAUUGUACCAUUCUAAAAGCCGAUUGUAUUAUUUCUUGAUGCAAUAGAUAUCAGUAGCUUUAUUUACGAAUAUUUUCUUCCAAGUUUCAUAAUUUCGAAGCGUUAAAAUAUCUUCCUAUUUUUAUAAAAAAAAAACAGUAUUUCCAAACUUUGCGAAACGGAAUAAAACUUAUUUAAUCAUUUAGCCUCAAUCAGUAAGUAAAUAGUUUUAUUACCUUGUGGGGUCCAUUAAUGCAACUCUACGCUAUGUAAAGGGCCACAAGUAGUUUUAUUGUAAAAGUGUUCCUUUAAUCUAAUAGCAAAUCGGUAGGUGCCUUUUAAUGUAACGCCAUUUCACUACUCUAUUUUUUGUGAGAGAUAAUCUAAUGUUAGUGUGAAUGAAAUUGAUAAUGGAGUGAUGAACUGACACUAAAGUUGAAAUGGUUUAGGCGUAGUCCACAUUGAGGGGUGCUUUUAAGAUAUAUUUACAUUGGUAUGUAACAUGGUCCGUACUUAAGUAUUUGUGUGAGUACUACCAUUUAGUGAGCAAUAUAUAAGUUCAGUACAGCAGCCUAUCUAGUACUUCAUACAAGUAUUUGUCUUAAUCAUAAUGUUACAAGUACGGGUCACGCCUCACACGGUAUGCCAGUGUGAAUAUACCUUAACCGUAACUUAAGUAAUUUCGAAAAAUACGCAGUCGUCUGUAUUACUAGUGAGAUCUCGUGAAAAUAUCAAAGAGAAGCAAUAUAUUUUAGAGGUAUUAAUAAUUACUCAUCUGUAUAUUAAGGUAAUAAUUCGAGAUGGAUAAAACAACUUUAAAUAUGCCUGAUCAAGACAAUGUUAUGUAAAUUUUCCAAUCGAAUUUGAAUUUAUACACUGAAAUCAUGUAGUAUAAAGUCCAUUUGGAAAGUGCGUCAUAGUAGGUUAAUGAGUGGCCUUUACGUUAAGCUACUUAAAAAAAACAGUCUCAAUUUUGAACCUAAUAAUAAAUAAAAAGAUAAAAUUCAAAAUGCAUUCGGAGUACUUUUCGAUGUCUACUGCGCACUAUAUUAAAAUAUGACCUUAUUCUGAUCGAAGGUAGCAAGGAUUUGAUGUGAAAGAAAAUUUUCGACGUCGAUUUCAAACGUUCUGUGGAAGAGCCCUGAGUACAGACAGCACAUCAAGCUAUAGUGGCCUCUAAUUGUAUUGCAAUAAGUACUAUUUUGCCACAAAAAUUUAAGUCCGAUGUGCUGUCACUUUACCUCUCAGUACCUGCGGAGAGCUCCGUUAAGCUUCGGCCAAACCAACGCGUGCAGCUUGCGUCGACGAUGGCGAUCACUGCGCGUGCAUAGAUCGCCGCGACCAAUGACAGGACGCGUUGAUGUGAACUCAUCGCUACAGAUUCAUACACAUCUUUGGGCUGAGGAGCGCGUUUAAAAAUGUAUGAAAAUUUUAGUUUUUAAACGUUUCCCGAUAGAGGCGCUGUACAAUCAGUCAUACAUUUAAUGUCAUUUUUUGACGCGCUCACUAAUGGGCGCGUUUGAUUUAAAUUCACACUCGGCCCUCUGAUCGCUCUCGCGCACGCAGACUGCACGCGUCGGUUCGGCCGAACCUUUAGAUAUGUUAUCAAAUAUGUAUAUUAAGGCGUAGUUAACUCAAUGAAUUUGCACGAUUGUGAUCCAGUAUCUAGGGAAUUGUAAAUACGGAGAGAUAUCUACUUAAAUAUUUUUUUAUAUUAAAGUUAUAUUGAUCUCGUUUUGUGCUUAGAAAAUGUCGGGUGCAAUUUACCUAUAUCUUUACAAAUAAUAGUUACUUUUAAAAGAUUAGAAGAUCUGCAGAGUUAGCGACUAUUUUCUCUACCACGACAGGAAUUCCGCGUAGAACAUUCUUUAAAUCUUGAUUUUAAUUAUUUACUGACAAAUAUUACCCGUUUUUUGUGAUAAUUUAUAUCGUGUAUAUUUUUCAAUGUUAUAUUUCUUGGUGUAAGUUAUUGGUGAAUUAAAUUAUUGGAAUUAA